AGGCAAACACACACACACACAUAUACUACACUCAUACACAUACAUAUAAAAGUGUACUAGCAAUAUAUGCCCAUUGAGUGCCUUAUAUCAUUUGAUAAUAAUCCACAAGGUGUCUACUAUGCCGGACAAGAGCUAUCUGGCGUUGUUGAACUUAGCGUUGAUGCCACCAAGCGCAUUAAGGGAAUCCAUGUCACAGUCAGUGGUUAUGCCAAGAUACGCUGGAUAAAAAAGGGAUAUCCACGCGAUAGCGAACGCGCCAUGUGCCGUGCCUAUCGAUCGUAUCUAUCAUCGCGAUCCUAUGUGCUUGGUUCCUGUGCAAAUAAUUCAUGCAUCGAUUGGACUGCUGGUGAAUAUUCAUAUACAUUUCAUGUCAUAUUGCCUGACAAUCUACCGACAUCGUUCGAUGGGAAGUAUGGACAAAUACACUAUGAGAUCAUAACGACUAUCGAACGGAUGGGACGAUAUCCGAAAGUGUUCAAGCUGCCAUUCACAGUCAUUCAGCCAUUGGAUUUGAAUGCCGAUGCCAUUUAUAGAGUUCCACUGGAGAUAUUGGAUCGUAAGAGAUUCUGGAGUUUCUGUUGUCCAACGGGUCCACUGACAGUUAAAUUCUCCACACCUUAUUGUGGUUAUGCACCAGGACAGAAGAUCCAUUUUGUGCUUUACAUCAAUAAUGAAUCGUCGAUUGAUAUAACCGAAUGUGAGGUUAAACUGAAACAAGAGGUCAGCUAUGAAUCUCAUGAUCCACAGCAUGAAUAUCGUUAUGAUAAGCAUCUGAUAGCACGCAAAUUAUUUGGCAAUGUUCUGCGCUGGUCAAGAAAGGUCUAUAGAGGCUAUUUGGAUCUACCAUCGAUUCCACCAACUUCAGUGAAACCCACAUGUCCCAUUAGUGUUAACUAUUCAAUUAAAAUUAUUGUUAAUCCAACGGAAUUCCAUUGGAAACUGAAAUUAAAAAUUCCCCUAACAAUUGGUAGUAUACCAAUUAUGGAAGAACCCGAGGCCUUGAUGCGUUUCAAUCGCCAACAACAACAGCACCAAGUAGUUAGUCAAAAUUUACAAAUCUCAACGCAGCAGCAGCAGCAGAGACAAAAUCGACAUCGUCGAACUUCCAGUCAGAGAUGUGCCAGCAAUAUCAACAACAACAAUCAUCAUCAUCAUCAACAUCAACAUUAUCAUCAGCAGCAACGUUUUGUGGGUGCUGGAGCACUGCCGACCAAUAGCAAUAGUCAAAUGGUGAUGAAUGUUAGUCCAACGCCCACAAAUUCAACACCUUCAUCGACGCCAACCACUGCCGCCCUAAGGCCGAUGCCAGUGAUAUUGGUGACCAGUGAUAGCGAUAAUCCUCCCGAUUAUAUACCCAUGAUGCCGCCCUCAUAUGAAGAUGCAAUGGCCCUGAGCGAGAAAUUUAGCGAUGAUACAGAAUUCUUGACUAAUGUCAGCAUGAGCAGCAUUAUGUCCGCUCAAGGUGUCGAUGUGACUGCCACAAGUGAGCCCUUUAAACCACGUUAUCCGGUCUAUUACGAUUAUGAGACACCGACCAUACCGCCCGAGACGCUUUACGAUGAAUCCAAUACGCAAUCGCAGCUGCGCUUAAUGCUUCAAACGGAGACAACAGUCCUGACCAGGGAUGAGGAGGAAACGGAAGAGGCAAAAGUUGAUUCAACCUAUGAGAAGAAAUGAUACAACAACCACAAUAACAGCAACAAUUCGUCAUGCAGCAUAGAUAAACUACAAAAAGCAACAACAACAAUUACAUAUUUAAUCAAAAUCAAAAUAUUAUAACAAUUAAAAAACCGAAUGUUAAACAGAAUUUAGUUAAUAAGACCGCAAAUUAAAACAUGAAAAACUGAACAGUUUUAUAAAAACUAGAAUUCUAUAUAUACAUACAUAUAUAUAUAUUUUGCAAAACAGCAUAUAACUAGUAGAAUAAUAUAAUGAAUCAAACUGCAGCUAUUCCAAAUAAAUUUCAAGUUUUAUUUACUAUGCGAGAACUAUUUUGAAACAAUUUGACUUGAGACGUGCCAUUAUUGCAGUAUUUAACAAAUGAAUUGCAUUCAAUUUACUUAAUAUUUUCUUCUUUCAAUUUUAAUUAAUAAUAUACUUUUUGGUUUCCUUUCCAACGAAUAUUCCUUCCAAAAGCCUCACAUGAACACAUUUUCCUCUCCCCUCUUCCCACUGCGAACACUCCAAAACUCGAUUGUGAACAUAUAUGUAUAAUGGUUCUUUUAACAAUUUAUAGAAGAAACUAUUUCUUGAGAGUAAGCACGUACACAACAAUAAAUAUAUACAACUUACAUAUAAAACCAAAAAUCAUAUAUGGAAAGUAGAAUCAAAGCAAACCUAUAGGAAACCAUUUAGGCCUAAGCUAAACAAAAAGAAAAAAAAACCAAUUAACAAUUUAACAAAAUUUGCACAAUUUUACCCCAAGUAAGCAAGUCUUAACAUUUUCAAUAUAUGUAUGUACGUAUUUAUAAUAU